AUGGCGUCCGUCGACGAGCGCAAGCUGCUCAUCAUCGGUGACUCUGCGGUGGGCAAGACGUGCAUUCUCAAGCGGUAUGUCAAGGACGAGUUCACCCGUGAGCAGCCUACCAUUGCUGGGCAGUAUCUGCGGCGGACGAUCACGCUCAACGUGUGGGACACGGCCGGGCAGGAGCGGUUCUACUCGGUGACCAAGCAGUUCUUCCGCCACGCAGACGCCGCCAUCGUGGUAUACGACGUGACAAACCGCCACUCGUACGAGGGCAUCAUCCAGAAGUGGGUCGACAAGCUCCACGCCGAGUGCGACAACGACGACAUCGUCGUUGCCCUCGCCGGCAACAAGUGCGAUCUCGAGGACCAGCGCAAGGUCUCCACCGCAGAGGCCAUGUCGCUUGCGGCAAACGCCGGCAUGCUGUUCGGCGAGACCUCGGCUGCUGCCUCGAUCGGCAUCACCGAGCUCUUCCAGGAGAUUGCCGAGCAGCUCGCCUCACGCGAGAGCUCGCACGACGCCGGCCCCGCCCUUGUCCAACUCAACCUCGAUCCCAAGAAGGACUCGGGCUGUCCGUGCUGA